UAUGUUGGGCAAAUUAGAAAAAUAUUUUUUAAAUUUACUAGAUUGUAUCGAAAGUAUUAUACUAGCAUAAACUUGCUCUGCACCGCCAUCUGUUGGCGACCACUCGAAGUUUCUUUGAAAUUGCAUCGGCUAAGCUUUCAGUUUAGCAGAGCUUGCAGCGCUGUUAAGGUGCUCCCACUCCACAGUGUCCGUUUGCAGCGCUGUUAAGGACACGGCAACUUGUUGUCUUCCCGCUGUUAGCGAUUCGCAUCGUCCAUUGUAACUCAUUCGUCAACAGACUCUCGUGCGGUUCGGUUCUCAGCCUCAGCUUUUGAAUUCAGCAUACUCACAUCACAUUCGCAAGUCACUGGUCACUGGUCACAGUUCGCAGUCACGCAGUUACUACUUUUGCCCGGUUUUCGAGUUUUCGAAAGAUAUUCGAAAGUGCUGAACAUACAUUAUUUUUUUUUGGUUUUUGUGCUAAGCUAAGAAAUUGAGUAUAUAUACAUAAAUAUAUGAUACACAUAAAGUGAAAAAGCGUUCUGAAUACCAUUUUUCAAUUCGAAUACAAACGACCGAGCCGAAGUGAAAGAGUGUGUGUGGCAAAUAUUUAAAUCCCAUUUGCGUUCCGAUUCGGAGGAGGAUUUGGCGGAGAAAGCUUGAGACACAGAGAACACACCGCAGUCAAAGAGUAAAAAGCAAGUAAUUCAAGCAGCCAAAAUGCGUCGCUCCUCGUUCACGCCCGUCUUCAACUUGAGCACCCAGGAGCCGCUGAUCGUGGUGGAGGAAUCGCACACCGCCGAGGAUGGCGAUGACUUGGAGGGUGCCGCCGGUGGCUGUGAUCCCACUGCGGCCGGCACACGCCGCUCCAACAGCGAUGACUCCGAACCGGACUCGCCGGUGAAUCCCUACCUGCUCUGCCCCUUUCCCGAUAUGCAGCAGCGGCGCAAGCAUUCGCUGCCCUCGCUUCAAAUUACCGAGGGCAUCACCGCCAGCCAGGUGCGUCGAUUGUCGGAGGUGGGCGGCGAGACUGGCGGGCUCAGUCCCAAGGAGGUCGAGUUCCUGGCCACGCUCUCGCAGAAGGCCAAUCCCACGGCCGGCGGACGCAGGCACUCGGUGGUCACCAUAUCGGCGGUGCCGCCAACGCUCUUCGGACGCAAUCGCCGCGAGUCCAUUUCCGGCGUAUCCUUCAGUGGCAGUCGCCGUGGCAGCGUCAUCGCCGGACCGCCGUUGACCGAUCACCGCGGCAGCGUGCACAACUUGCAGUUGGACAUCAUGGACGGUAUCGUCCAGCAGCGGAAGACGCGAAGCGGAAGCGGCGUCUGGACAGCGCCCGUCCUGCAGGAGGCCGAUAGCAAUGUGCCCGUGCAGACAUAAGCGGCUGAAGGACACGCAGGGUAGCUGGGGGCGGAAAGGACGAAAAAUGGAUGCAUGGACGAAUGUGGAGAAGGAUGGAUGGAUGAAUGGAUGGCUGGAUGGGAUUUCUUCGACAGAUGAACGGAUGAAUUGGGUUGGACACUGGGCAAUACAAACAACCAAAUGCCUGGAAACUCCGCCAACUCGAACUGCAACCGGACCUUUAUUAACAUUUCGUGCUUUCCCCCCGACACAGAAAAAAAACCCUCACACUCUGCCCCCCUCCGAUUUUCCACCGGGAAAUUGCUUUUCGCGGCUGCCGCAUAAAGCAAACAAACAAACCACAAAAACCGCACGAAACAAAAAAAAAAAAAAAAAA